CUUGGCACUUGAGCAGCAACAGGGGAUCAGGAGUGCCAGAGAGCAGAGAUGGAGCUGUUGUACGAAACCCCCUCCAACAAACUUGAUGCCUACAUUACCAAAUAUCUCCUGCCCAGCAAGGAGUUCCAGGAGAAUGUCCAGGAUGCUGUCCACCGGAUCUGCUCUUUCCUGAAGGAGAGGUGCUCCAUGGAUGCCAGGGUGAUCAAGACCGUCAAGGGGGGCUCUGCAGGAAAAGGGACAACCUUGGAUGACAACUCAGAUGCUGAUCUGGUUAUUUUCCUCAGCUGUUUCUCCAGUUACCAGGAUCAGGCACAAAAACGUGCCUCUGUGAUCAGUAUCAUUGAGCAGAAUCUGUUCCGGUGCCACAGGAGCCUGGCCUUCAAAGUUGAUAUCCUGCCCCCACAAGUAAAAGGUGAAGGACGACGCUCACUCUCUCUCACCAUGCAAUCAAGGAAGAAGAAGGAAGCUGUUGAGGUGGACAUUCUUCCAGCAUUUGAUGUUUUAGGACAGAUAACUCUGUCAUACAAGCCACCUCCUAAAGUCUACAUAGCUCUCAUCCAGGCAGGUGGAAAGCCUGGUGAGUUCAAUACUUCUUUCACGGAACUGCAGAGGAAUUUUGUGAAGCACUGCCCAGCCAAAGUCAAGAGUCUGCUUCGUCUAGUCAAACACUGGUACAAGGAGUGCAAGAAGGCCUUGAGAGAAGUACAUCCAUCAGUAUCCCUUCCACCAAAGUUUGCCUUGGAACUGUUGACCAUCUAUGCUUGGGAAGAAGGGACUGGUCGCGAAGAGCAGUUCAGCACAGCAGAAGGAUUUUGCACAGUGAUGAACCUCUUGGUUCAGUAUAAAAUGCUCUGCAUCUAUUGGACAGAGUACUACAGCCUUGAGGAGCCCACAAUAGGGGCACAUGUAAAAGAACACCUAAAGGGACAACGUCCUGUGAUCAUGGAUCCAGCAGAUCCAACAGCAAAUGUAGCCCGGGGAAAAGGUUGGGAUCGGUUGUCCAUGGAAGCAUUAAUUUGCCUAACAAUGCCGUGCUGCAAAAAAGGCAGUGAGCCUGUGACCUCCUGGAAUGUGCAGCCUGCCAAGAAAUUUGCAGAAGAUCAAAAUUGGUGUGUUCUCCUAUGAAACUGUUCUGGACCUGAAAAACAAGAAUGAAGCAUGUACAAAUAUACUUGUGAAUCAACAGCACCUAACUUACAAUGUUAGUGAACUAAAUGAUCAAAAUAUACUCACUGCUUACAAUAUUAGAAGUAAAGAUACUGUCUAGCUUCUUUUUAGACUUGAGGUAGUCCUACAUCCUUUUGAAUCAUAUAUCUCUAAAUUGUGCUUUUAUAGCAGGGGAGAAGACACUGUGGCCUUCAGCUCCCAUAAUUCCUCAUCGCCUAUGAAGCUGGGUAGAGCUGAUGGAACUAAGAGGCCAAACAUAUCUGGAGGACCACAGUUGUCCACUGGUGCUUUACACAUAAUUACAGCCAGAAUGUUUGGAGUUUCCCAGACUUCUAUAGUUUUAGCGUAGUUUUUCAGUAGCACCGCUGUUUUAGAUAAUACAUUUGAGCAUUAAAAAUGUCUACUACACUAACAAAUUAUAACAAUUACAAUACACUUGGCAAGAAAAGCCAACAAUCUCAGCCAUAUAAUUUCCCAUCAACAUGGUCAAAACUGAGCAGGUGACAGUACAACCCAAUGUGUGGAUUCAAGGGAACUUACUCCUUUAUAUAUUGGAACUGCAGUUGAAAAAUUGGUAAUGGCAAUUUUUGCAAAUUAUAUCUUACUAGAUAUUAAAGAUAGGUUGCAGAAUAUGUACUGUUCAAAUAUUCUGUAAACCUUAACCAAAAUUCAGUAAAAGUUAAUGUCAGAGAUUUUUUCACCCACUUGGACAUUUCUCCAUUUCUACUCCUUAUGAAUUUUUUUGUCAUAAAUUCCCUUAAUAUUUGCUUCCCACUGUACAGUUGGCAUCUGUGCAAUAUUAUUUGCUCUUAAUAGGCUGAUUAAGAACCAUCUUUUUGGUAAUUUCAUAGCUGAAAAAGAACCUAAUAAAAUCUGCAUCAAAAAUUUUCUGAGUGUUCAUGGCCAUAACUUAUUUGAAAGUUUGAGGGUAGUGUGUUUCCAACCAAAAAGUACAUUUGUUCCAUAAAUCCUAUUUAGCUGGGAAGGUGUAAGGGACUGACUAUCAAGGUCAUUUGUUGCUUAAAAGAUGAUUCCUUCUCCCAUUCCACAUAUGACGCCAACAGAAAUAGUAUCUGAAUCUUACUUCAUCAGUAAGAUUCAGAAUGCAUCAGGGGUGCAUUCACACGACACAUGUUUAGUGCUAUUAUUUCACUUGAACUGCCAUUCUUCCAUCCUAUGACAUUCUGGAAUUGGCAGUUUAGGCAGGAAAUUUCGGGAUUCAGCCAGUGAACCCCUGUAGAGCCUCAGAAAACUACAAGCCUUAGGAUUCCAUAAGAUUGAACCAUAGCAGUUAAAGUGGAAUCAUAGCACUAUAAGUGUUUGGUGUAAAUGGUCCCCAGAUGUUCUUCACUUCACUACACCUUAAAAUAGCUUAGAGCAGAUAGGAUUGGCACUGUUUUACAGCCCUUUCUUCCUAACAUUUCAUGAGUAUGCCUAGCAACUUGCUAUUAUUAUUUGAACCAAUCCAUUUUGAUAUUGGCCAGUUCUAUCAGUACAGUAUAUGUUUUGAAUGUAAUCCCUUCCAUUCAAGACUAAUCCAUCCAUUUCAGAUCAUUUCUUCAUCAUGCUAUUUCAAUACAAUUUAACAGUAGUCUUUAUUAUAUUGGAAACAUUGGACAGGAUCUAGAAAAAUACUUUGAAUAAUAUAAUCAAUGACACUAUCACCACAGAAACACUGUGGCUUAAAACUAACUGCAAAUCCCUACCAGAAUGGAUCCAUUGAAUCUACUGCUGAAUGACAAAUCAAUACAUACAUUUCAUUGCUUCAAUGAGUUUAUUCUGGGUGAGACUAGCAACUGGAUACAGGCAUGUGAUGUCACUUUAACAUAUGAGACUCUUCAGCUUUGCUCAGCAAUGAAAUCACUCCAAAGAACUAAAGC